AUGGUGGCGCAGCAUGUCCGGGAGAAGCUGGACCUGCUGGCAUCCAUAUGGAAUCGCGUCGUCAGUUCGCCUUCAGCCACGAAAGGCCCCGUUGACGCCUUGCGACUGACUUUGUCUGACGCGACCAUUGGACCAUUGUCUCACACCGGAACUUUGACGGCGGACACCAGCAGCUGUAGCGAGCGUGGCUGUUUGGCCAGCGAUACCGUGGAUGUGACGGUGGGCAGCACCACCACCGCUAAGGCGACCACCGAAGCCUUGGCCCAUGGAGGCUCAAUCCAGCAAGAAUGCGAGGCUGUGAAUUCCCAGUACACUGGAACCUUGACCAUCGCUUGCGCAUUGGGUGCUGUGUCCCUUUCGGACAUGUCUUGCUCAGUGAAGCCUUGCGAGCCGUGGGACUUCGUGGCUGCCUCACUGCAAGGGGCCAGCGGCUUGUUGUACCCCAGCGCUCAAAUUCUCAGCGGUGCCACAGGCGUUGGCGAAUGCGGUGAUGUGAACGUGGAGUAUAGUGGAGAUUUCGAGUUGGCCUGCAACAACGGCAUGCUCGAGGCGGGAUCUUCGGAUGCCUGCCGUCAGACCUGCUCCACCUAUGGGUCGUCCACCACUGUCACCAUUGAUGGGCAGAGCUACUCUGUGGCGCCUUCUGCGCGCAUUGCGCAUGGUGCGGCCGGGUCACAGGCAUGUGGCAACGUAGUCUACGGCUACGGCGGCGAAGUGUCGCUGCAGUGUAACGACGGCAGCCUCACAGUGACUUCGCACAACUGCCAGCCGGAACCGUGCCCUGUGGGACUUCUGAUGCAGGGCACCAUCUACGGCGUCACGGCCGUCGGGGACACCGUCGGGUGGUCGGUGGUCGGCUGA